AUGACAUGGACGGUGAAAAAUGGCACAGCUGCCAUUGACUCUGUUUCAGGCAAAAGUAAGGCAGUAGACCCCUUGGCAGAUGAUCACCUACCACGAGACGAGAGCAUUUGCAGUUUGGGUGACCACUUGGUUGCGGACCAGCAGACACCGACACCAACACCAACACCCGCAGCAGUGACGUCAACUGAAGCUCAACCGUUGCCUUCACCGUCAUCGCAGUCACCCAUCCCUUUCAGCUUGGAAAUCGGUCAGGAGGCAGGAGAGCAUCUAUCUGAAGUUGAAGAUGUAGACAUCGCUGACGAGCACACCUGUCGUCCCUACAACCUCCAAGCGGUGCACAACCUCUUUGCUCUUCUGGUGAACCUUCUCAACCCCGAGGAACACCAAGAGGGAGUGAUUAAGGUCUCCCUCAAUCUCCUCACCGUGGCAAUGGAGACGGGGGCGGAUUUUCUGCACGCCUGUCCUUCUAUUCUCCGACUAAUAGCUACUGACAUGACAAAGUACCUCAUGAUGCUGCUUUAUCGCGAACGCAUCCCUGUUUUUACCGCAACUCUGCGUCUUGCAUUUCUACUCUUUGAGGCUCUGCGAAUGCAUCUGAAAUUGCAGCUUGAGGUAUACUUUCAACGUCUCAUUGCCCUCAUCUCCUCUGAUAACGAGCGUAUCACCUAUGAGUUUCGUGAAAUCGCACUUGACGCCGCAGUUCAACUCUUCCUCCUCCCUGGAUUGGCAGCAGAGGUCUAUGUGAACUACGACUGCGAUCCAUAUUGCUCAAAUCUCUUCGAGGAUAUCACGGAGAUGCUUACAAAAAACGCUUAUCCUGCCAACCGACUCGUAGGCACAAACCUCAUCGCUUUGGAUGCUCUCCUCGCCGUGGUUGAUGCCAUUGACAUCCAGACUGGUGAAAAUGAUGCUGAAGAGGUCACCGAAAAGGUGGAUACACGACAGAUUGAUUCAAUGCGUCCAAUUUCGCGGCCGAAUCGGCAUUGGAUUCCCUCAUCAGUUAUACCAACUCAUGAGAAUCUUGUAGAGCAAAAGAACCGUAAAAAGCUACUGAUGAGUGGUUCAGAUCGAUUUAACGUGAAGCAAAAAGAUGGGAUCAAUUUUCUGCAGAAUAAUGGCCUUCUUCUUGAUCCGCUGGAUCCUGUGGAAGUAGCUAGUUUUUUGGCCGAGAAUCCGAGGUUGGAUAAGAAGAUGAUUGGCGAAUAUCUGGCCGAUCGCAGAAAUACUGACACUUUGGUGGCAUUUGUUCGGCACUUUAAUUUCCGAGGCACACGGAUAGACGUGGCUCUUCGUGCCUACCUUGAGGCCUUUCGAAUUCCUGGUGAAGCUCCACUGAUUCAACACCUCAUGGAGUCAUUUGCCGAGCAAUGGUACGAGGCUAACGACUCACCCUUCGCCAACGUGGACGCAGCUUUCACAUUGGCCUAUGCGUUACUAAUGCUCAACACCGAUCAGCACAAUCCCAACUCCCGGAGACAGAAUGUCCCAAUGACGUGCGCAGACUUUAAGCGCAACUUAAAGGGCAUGAACGGAGGUGGAGAGUUUGAUUCGGAGCUGAUGGAAGCUGUUUACAAGAGCAUUAGGGAACGGGAGAUCGUAAUGCCCAGUGAACAGACGGGUGCAGUGAGAGAUAACUACUUGUGGAAGUGCCUGGUUCGACGCAGUACUCAGCCAUCCUUUCAGCAUUAUGUCCACCUACCACCAGGCCGCUUUGAUGCCGACCUCUUUACAAUGCUCUGGGGGUCAACGGUGGCUGCGCUCUCCUUCGUCCUUGACAAGUCGACCGAUGCAGCACUGCAGGCCAAAACGAUGGCAGGUUUUGUGAGAUGUGCACGCAUUGCAGCACACUUUCGCAUGACUCAAGUCUUCGACAACCUCAUUAUUUCACUCUGCAAAUUCACUCUACUGCUCAGUCCUCUUGAAACCUUGGAGUCGGUUGGAGUGGCUCUGGGACGAAGUGCGAAGGCCCAGAUGGCUACUCGGCUGGUCUUCGCAUUGGCUGCGACCCAUGGGGACAUGUUGAGGGAGGGUUGGCGUUCCCUCAUUUUGGACUGUCUUCUGCGUCUUCUGCAUGCCUGCCUCCUUCCACCCGGCCUGGUGCGCUCGCCACACUUUGUACCUGUCGGCUCCUCUUCCGGUUCUGCAGUCGCUGUGGCCUCGAAUGAGCAUCUUAACGAAACUGAGAGUCGUUCUGAUCUCGGUGUGCUGGGCUCAUUCUACCAAUACCUGACCCUUGGAUCUUCCUCCAACUUGGAACCGCUUUCCUCAUCUCCGCCUAACACACCUGACGCCCCGAUAAACCCCUUCGAUGAGCCAUCUACCCCAUCACAGCCUCGGUCUUUCACCAGUGCUACAGAUCUCUUCCGUCUUAUGGACGAAUCCACCAUAUCAGGAACUGCUCCAUCUUCUUUUACCUUACCUCCGUCCGUCCACGACGAUGACCUUGUUGCUAUUCAGGCCGCCAAGGCAACUGUAGAAGCCUGCCAAAUUGACGCCCUUUUCGAGGAAUCUAAGUUCCUUAUGCUAGAGUCGCUGCAAGAGCUUAUAAAGGCUCUUCUCUACGGCUUAACAAAUGGUGGCAGAGGUACUGAUGUCUGUGAAUCCGUUGUUUCAGAGGCUGUGGGGGGAGAAAAAAGUCAGAUCUUCUGCUUGGAACUGCUGUUACAAGUGCUCCUUUACAACAGGGAUCGAAUUGGUCAACUCUGGCUCAUGGUUCGGGGAGAUUUGGUGGAGAUUCUGAGGAAUUCUCGGGAACCGACUGCCCUGGCGGAAUGCGUGGUGGCUGGAAUGCUUCGACUGGCUCUGCGGUUGUUGCGUAGACAACAGGACUUGGCAACACAAAUUUUCGCUUGUCUGCUCACCAUUCUUAAAGAACGUGGCGCCUACCUCCUUCACCCUCUUUCCUCUUCCUCCCGAUCCACUUCUCUCACUGCUGCUGCCGCCAGUGCUGCCUCUGGUAGUCGUCGUCUGCUCCAGCGUUAUCGAUCUUCCGAAUCAACGAAAGUGGUGAAUGAUGGCAGCAGCAACAGUUCGGUGGCACGACAAGUGGUGUGGGCAGUCGACGCUCUACUAUCGGAGGAGGGCGGAGCGAUGGCGGUGGAGGUGCCCUCGUCACAGGACUGGCAACUCAUUCUUGGACUGCUUGAGGUGUGUGGUGCAGGAGCCUUCCCAAUUACUCUGGAGGAGCUGGAGGGACAAGCAUGGGAUAAUCGACAUGGACGGGAUCAGGCAGAGUCGAGAGGAAUGAGGAGAGAAAAUGUGUACUCCAGCCUUCAAAACGUGACAGUGGAUACUGGAGUCGAGGACUCACGCAGUUAUGCCAGCGACAACGAGAGCUGUGAUGUAAAAGUGGAAGACUUUCGACGUCAGCGCCCUCCAACCAGUCCUACUGGGGCAGUAGUUGAGUCCUGGGUGCUCGUCAAUGUUGUGGAUAGGCCAGAGGCAACAGAUGCCGAAAAGGAGCGAGAGGUUGUCAACGAGGACACGAAGGAAAAAAUUGAUGAUGGAAUAGACCUUAUUCCUUCCUCGCGGCUUCGGUUACCCAUUGUAAUUGUCUUCCAGGACUGGUUUGCUCUCGAAAAAGCCUGUGAUUCCAUUGCUUUUGUCGUUCGCGAUCCGGCUCACAUCACCCCAAGCAACAUUGAGUACUGCGUCCACACACUGCGGGUGUUCAUUGAGGCGGUUUUGACACCACCUAAGCCAUCCAUCAUACGCAAGACGAUGGCCAAUGGUGCGCACGAGCGUGUCCCACCGCCUCUCUUCGAUUUUCCUGAGGCUCGACCCCCAGAGCCGUUCACUAGUGGAAUCGCCCUUCAGCUUCUCGAUCUCGUCUACACCCUCUUUAGUCGCGCACCCUCGAUCUAUGCGGAGUGGACAAAACCCACCGAGGUAGAUGGCGAGGAGGUGAAUUCAUCGCGAGACAUGAUGAACGUAAGUAGUGAUUGUCUCUGGCCCUCCUGUUGGCGAGCAUUGUUGCAGGCCAUCGCGCGUCUCUGUGUGGAUGCCAGACGCGAAGUUCGUGCUGAUGCCCUUGCGUUCCUCCAACGCGCCCUCCUCUCCCCUAUCCUGCAUCUAUUGACAGGUCCUCAGUGGCUCGACUGCUUCCUUCAGGUUCUCUUCCCCCUGUUGACCAAUUUCCUUGAAAGUGUCACUUUCAACGACUCCUCCACCUUUACGAACACCUCUCUAGGAGGUGUGUCAUCUACUUCCAUCUUCAAUGCUACUGGUGCCAACCCUGCCAACAGAUUUAGUCGUGAGUCUGGAAGUCAGGGUAACCUCUCAACCGUUGGCUUCUUUUCCAACAUCUUUGGUGGUGCCAGCAGCAGCAACAGUGGUGUCGAAGCGGCUCCAACAGUCCCUACGGUACCGGGAGCACUUGCCGAAUACAUGGACCCUAGAAUGCGCGCCAUCCCAUUAUUAACAAAGGUCUUCCUCCAGCACCUCAGCCCCCUUUAUGCACUGGAAGCCUUUCCUCAACUAUGGCGACGCAUGCUGACCUACAUGGAGAAAUAUAUAAAGGCCAAUAUCUCUGAUUCCAUAAACGACGCUGUUCGCGAGUCGUUGAAGAACCUUCUGCUGGUUCUCUACACCGGCACACAGGAUACAGCACCAAUUUUGGUGCGCGACGCACCAGAGGGUUCCAAAGAGGCUCUUUUGUGGUCCGAAACGUAUGCUCACUUGGAAGAAUUCAUGCCAAAUCUGAUGGAUCAACUGUUUCCGCCACCACCACCACCACCACCACCACCACCACCACCACCACCACCACCACCACCACCA